AUGUAUUUCACGAUCUUGUAUGGAAUAUUGUUGUCAGGAGUGGUUGCCGAAGCUGUGAGUGGCCCAACAGUGUUUCACACGAUUAAAGAUGGAGGUCUGAGAGGGUACCUACAAUAUUCCACAAAUGAAGAAGAAAAGCCGAUCUUAACAUUCCGUAACAUACCAUAUGCAGCGCCACCUAUAGGUGACCUAAGAUUUAAGCCCCCACAGAAGAACAAACCAUGGAGUGGGGUCAGAGAUGCAACAGAAAAGGCUCCGGAAUGUCCGCAGAACGCUGCAAUGUCAGAUAUAUUGAAAGAUGCUGGUUGGCCAGUAGAGGCCACCAGACCUAUGAAUGAAGACUGUCUCCGUCUAGAUGUAUUUACCCCUACCCUAAAUGAGAAGGCAAAGUUACCUGUCAUGGUCUGGAUACACGGAGGAGGACUUAUGAUGGGUUCUAACAGGAUGUAUGAUGGAACAGUGUUGGCUGCAACAGAUGUGGUGGUCGUAACUAUCAACUAUCGUCUAGGCAUUCUGGCUUGGUUGAGCACUGGAGAUGAAGAUGCCCCGGGUAAUGUUGGAUUCCUGGACCAAAUUCAAGCUCUCAAAUGGGUAAAAGAAAAUAUAGAGUCUUUUGGUGGGGAUCCUGAUAAAGUAACCAUAUUUGGACAAAGUGCAGGAGGUGCGUCUGUCGUUGCACUAUGCAUUUCUUCAUUGGGGGAAGGUUUGUUCUCUCGUGCAAUUGCUCAGAGUGGGUCCCUUUUAUAUAGUGACUUCUUGCAGCCAGCAGAAAGUGUUAGAAGUGCAAUUACAGAACUUGCAAAAGCAGUUGACUGUAAUGAAACUGGGAAUAACAAAGAAAUCAUAACGUGUCUGAGAUCUAAAACCUAUGAAGACCUAGCUAAUGCUCCACCUCCAGAGUCCAUAGGAUAUUGGCCCUUUUUGCCUAUCUAUAAUGAUACCUUUAUGCCAAAGCACCCCCAAGAUAUGGUGAGAGAGAGUGAUGUCCAGGCUCACAUUAAAAGCCUCGACAUAAUGACUGGUAUUACAGAAAAUGAAGGAUAUUUGGUUUCUGGAGUUACCACGGCUCCACACUUUUCGAAGAAUAAGACAAGGGAAACGAUGUUUCAAGAUCUGAAACAUUUCAUACAAAUGUUGAGCAUGCCAGACCCUUCAGAUGAAGAGGCUUAUGAGCGUCUGGUAAAAGCAUUAAAUGAAAAGUACCUGCCACAGGAGAAUCCUACAGAUGAUGAUCUGAUACUGGCAAUGUCAAGAUUGACUGGAGACCAAAUGCUGACAAUACCAACUCUGAGAUCUGCCAAUAAGUUUAAAGAAAUAGGAGCAAAUGUUUUUGUAUAUGAACUCAACCAUUCCCCUCUUCAACUGAAUCAGGGAAGACCAAAAUAUAUCAAGGCAGAUCACGGAGAUGACUUAUGCUACAUGUUUGGCUUUUCAAAAAAUCCAUUAAACACUGAGGCUACAAUUAUUUGGAAUGAUGAUGACCUUAUUCUAGAGAAGCAGAUGUUGAAGUACUGGACCAACUUUGCAAAAACGGGUAAUCCAAAUGGAGGAGAUCUGUUAGAAUGGCCAAAUUUCAGCACUGACAAUCAUGAAGCUAUAAGCCUGAGGACAAAUUCAGUCAUUCUGACUCAAUUCAGAGAUGACCUUGUGAAGUUCUGGAGUGAAAAGGUUCCAAAUGUUGUUAAGAAACAAGACAGUGAUCAAAAAGAAGAGCUUUAG